AUGAACACUCUGAGUUCGCUUUCCGUUCUGAUUCUCGAAGCUGUGUAUGAUGGUGAUCCGGCAGGAAUAACAGAAUACUGGAAACGCUUUAGCAAUGAUGCGUUGGUGCACAUUGACCGCGGAUACCGACUGGUUGGUCUGGACUGCCACUACCAUUAUGGUGAAGUCGCGGAGUACCCUCGCGAACAAAAUUCUGCACCAACUGUUACUUGUAUGGAACAGUUGAUUGCUGCCACAACAAAGGGGCCGUUGUCACCUACGACGGUGUGA